CGUUCUUUCCUCUUGUCAAAGCCACCUACCAAACCUUAGCUAGCUUAAUAUCCAUUCAGGAAGAAGCAGUUCUGAUUAGCCUAGCUUGCUUGGAUUGCUAAAAAUCUAUAUAGUGCAAAAAUGGCGUCGGUCAACCCGUUUAAUCUCAGCGAUUCCGAGGAAGAGGCUGAACGGCGCCCUAAUGAAACAGUUGACACGGAGAGAAGCCCGAGUGACGGAGCGCCAGGGCCGCCACCAGGCAAUCCUUUCUCCCCGCCUGCGGACGCUGAACCUCCGACGCUCCUGCUGUCUAGCAACCGGACGAGCCCCAGCGGUGAGGGCAUCUCGUUCUCGGCCGCGGCCACCUCCGCUAUGGCAGGCAGCGGCGAGACACGGGUAUCAGUGGAUGUCAUUGCUGCCCAACUAUUACGGGACCAAUACAUUCUGACGGCUUUGGAGUUUCACACCGAACUGUUGGAAGCAGGCAGGGAGCUCCCUAGGUUGAGGGAUUAUUUCUCCAACCCUGGCAACUUCGAGCGACAGAGCGGCACUCCGCCUGCAAAGGACCAGGUCCUCGGACCUGGAGGACCACUGAAUCGAGCAGGCAGCAUCAGCACCUUGGACUCCUUGGACUUUGCCCGUUACUCAGAUGACGGCAACCGAGAGUCAGAUGAGCGAGUGGCAGUGCUGGAGUUUGAGCUACGGAAAGCAAAGGAGACCAUUCAGGCUCUGCGCGCCAACUUGACUCAGGCAGCAGAGAGUGAAGUGCCCUCUCAGGAGAGAAAAAACUUCAAGUCAAGUCCUGAAAUUCAGGAGCCUAUACGGCCACUGGAGAAAAGAGCCUUAAACUUCCUUGUGAAUGAAUAUUUAUUGAAAAACGAAUACAAACUCUCAUCCAUCACUUUCUCUGAUGAAAACGAUGAUCAGGACUUUGAGUUGUGGGAUGAUGUGGGCCUCAACAUCCCCAAACCCCCUGACCUACUACAGCUCUACAGGAACUGUGGCACCCCCCUCCCUUCACCUCGGAGCACGGCUGAUGUGUCAGUAGGGGUGGAUUUUGGCGAUCUUCCAGGAAACUGCAUCACCCAAGAUCCACCAAAGAAGCCUGACCUCUCACAGCAGCAACAGACAGAAGUCGUGCAAGAGUUGGAGUACCAGAUCAGCCUCCUCAACAAUGAGAAGCAGAGCCUAGCUGAGCAAAUCAAGAAACUGCAGAGUGAGAUUCAGACACUGAAGAGGACUGUCUCCUCCCCUCCUCCGGCCACUCUGGACCUGGGCUCCCAGAAUACACCCAAUCCCUCCUCCUCUUCCACCACCACCACCACUACCACUACCACUACUUCCUCCGCUGACCCUCUUUCUGUGCCUCCCACAGAUAAUGGCCAGUAUAUCGACAUCCGGGGAGUUUCAGAGCCUGAAACUGACCCAGACCCACCCUCUACCCAGAUCACAUCACAGUCCCACAACAAGCUUAAGAGUAGACCUCCUGUCCAGUUUGACAAACCGAACAGGAAGUUAUCCCCAGCCUUCCAGCAAGCCCUGCUGUCCUUCUGCAGAAUGUGCUCCGACAGCCGCCUGGGAGCAGAGGUGUCUCGUAUAGCAGACAGCGAGGAGAGCGUGAUGCUAAUGUUGGGCCGCUGUCUCCCUCACAUCGUCCCCAAUGUCCUUCUUGCUAAACGAGAGAGAAUGGUUGCACAUCUUUGCCAGGAGUUGAUUCCACUCAUCUUGUGUACUGCCUGCCUUCACCCAGAGCCUAAAGAGAGAGACCAGCUCCUCCACAUCCUCUUUAACCUGAUCAAGAGGCCAGAUGAUGAGCAGAGACAAAUGAUCUUGACUGGGUGUGUUGCGUUUGCGAGGCACGUGGGUCCAACCCGUGUCGAGGCUGAACUACUUCCCCAGUGCUGGGAACAGAUUAACCACAAAUAUCCAGAGAGGAGAUUGUUGGUGGCGGAGUCCUGUGGAGCCUUAGCACCAUAUCUGCCUAAGGAGAUCCGUAGCUCCCUGGUGUUGUCCAUGUUGCAGCAGAUGCUUACUGAGGACAAGGCAGACAUGGUCAGAGAAGCUGUGGUCAAGAGUCUGGGUAUCAUCAUGGGUUACAUAGAUGACCCUGACAAGUACUCCCAGGGUUUUGAGCUGAUGCUGCUAUCCCUUGGGGAUCCGUCAGAGCGGGUGGUCAGCGCAGUCCACCAGGUCUUUAUUCCUGCCUUUGCUGCCUGGACCACGGAGCUGGGCACCCUGCACACUGCACUCAUCCCUUCUCUGUUGGCACGUAUAGAGAAACUACUUAUGCAAGGAGAACAUGGUCUGGAUGAACACAAGUUACACGUGUUCCUGUCUGCCCUGCAGUCUCUCAUCCCUCCUCUGUUUGCUGUGGUGCUGCAGAAUGCACCCUUCACCAGCAGAGCUAAACUCCACGGAGACAUACCUGCAAUAGAGGUGACACGGUUCCCCAGGCCAGCUUCUCCCCUCCAGGAUGUAGCUGCCAUCAUAGGCAGCAGGGAAAUGCUGAGUGCCCUCCUGCUACUCUAUGACCACCAGCUAGAGCACGAAGGAACCACCGGCUGGGACAGCCUGUUAUGGGUGGUCAAUCAACUCCUUCCUCAGCUCAUAGAAAUUGUGGGUCGGAUCAAUGUGACAUCAUCAACUUGCGUCCAUGAGUUCUCUCGCUUCUUCUGGAGGUUCUGUCGCACCUUUGGCAAGAUCUUCACUAACACUAAGGUUAAACCACAGUUCCAGGAGAUUCUCCGACUAUCUGAAGAGAAUGUCGAUGCUUCAGCAGGAAACGGUAUUCUCACCAAAGCCACAGUCCCCAUCUAUGCCACUGGAGUCCUGACAUGCUAUAACCAGGAGGAGGAUCGCAAGUUGUUGGUGGGUUUCCUAGAGGAUGUAAUGACAACCCUAUCACUGUCCCAUGCACCUCUUGACAGCCUUAAGGCCUCCUUUGUAGAGCUUGGUGCCAACCCGGUGUACCAUGAACUGCUGCUGACUGUUCUGUGGUAUGGGGUGGUCCAUACCUCGGCACUGGUCCGGUGCACAGCAGCACGGAUGUUUGAGCUGCUGGUGAAGGGGGUGAAUGAGACGCUGGUAGCUCAGAGAGUGGUGCCGGCUCUCAUCACACUGUCCUCCGACCCUGAAAUCUCAGUGAGGAUAUCCACUAUUCCUGCUUUUGGCACAAUCAUGGAAACUGUCACACAAAAAGAGUUGCUGGAGCGUGUAAAAAUGCAGUUGGCAUCAUUCCUGGAGGACCCUCAGUACCAAGAUCAGCAUUCUUUGCACAUGGAAAUCAUCAGGACGUUUGGAAGAGUUGGUCCUAAUGCAGAGCCACGAUUUAGAGAUGAGUUCGUGCUGCCACACCUUCACAAGCUGGCACUGGCUAACAACAGCCAGGCUGUGGAGAGCAAGAGGAUUGAUAUCGCCACCCAGCUGUUUGAGGCCUACAGUGCCCUCUCCUGCUGCUUCAUUUCUGAGGAGGUGAUGGUCAACCACUUCCUCCCUGGCCUCAGGUGUCUCCGCACCGACAUGGAGCAACUCUCUCCCGAGCACGAGGUGAUUCUGAGUUCUAUGAUUAAAGAGUGUGAAAUCAAGGUGGAAAACCGAGGAAUGGCAGAUGCACAAGGCUCCAUGUCCAUUGCCUCCAGUCUGGUGGGUGAGGAUGCCAAGACCAAGUUCCUGAGCAAGAUGGGUCAGCUAACCACCUCCGGUGCUAUGCUGGCCAACGUCUUCCAGAGAAAGAAGUGAUCACAUUUGACUGAUCACCCCAAUUAACUGACGAACCCACUGCUGUUUUUGGGAGCAUUUCAUUUUACUGGAAAAAACAUUGGUUCAGCUUAAAAUACAAGCAGGUUAAGUGUAUUGUUUAUUCAGUUUGAAGAAAUGAAAGUUUGCUGAAACCUGUGUUGUUUUAAAAUUCCUCAGUGCAGUAUGACAACCUGCUAUUUAAAGGUGAACAGCAAUGUUUUUUGCAGUGAAAGCUGAGGUUUUCCCCUCUGCUCAUUUUCCCUCUCUUUAAUUCUUAAUCAUGACGAAGGCGUCGUCAGAGACCAGAGGUUUGCUUUUAUGAAUCAGUGUUGUUAACAUUGUCAUUUCAGAAAAAAAGAGGAGAGAGGGGGGAAGAAAUGGAACAAUGUUGGGAUUCACCCAAAAUGAUAAUAAGGGACUUGUUUCCUGGACAUUUCUGGACUUGAAAGUAUCACCAAAUUCUAUUUCAUUUUCAGUGCAGCACUUCUUGUUUCAGAAGAGUUUCUAACAUCACUCAGAAACAAAACUCUGGGCAGGAGCUGCUGGAUUUCAGUUCGAGUUUUAAACGCCAUUUUGGGGCAAAAGGUUGUGAGACAGUUGUAUUCUCUUGCAUUUGUGAGGAAAAUUACACUGAAGGAUUGAACCACAAAAUGGCUCUCAAUCUGUUAAGAAUGCCUUGUACAGUGUGUCUGUACGGCUCAGAAGUAUCGCCUACUUGAAGCUAUAAAAAUGUCUUGCCUUUUUUCUUCAAGGUCUGUCUCUCGUUUUUGUUUUGAUAGCUUCUAUUUUAUAACUUAUUUAUGUCUUAAUGAAGAAAAAACAUACUUUAUUCCAACUUCCAAAGAAAUUUGCACUUCACUUUACUAUUUUGUUCUUUAUUAUAUAUAUAUAUAUAUAUAUUUGUUUUAAAUGGAGAGUCUUAUACAUAAUGAACAUUAUCACUACUGUUAAUGGACUUUUUUGUUUAUCCGUUUUUGGCAAUGUGAAGUUGAAGAGAACACUGAUCAUAAUUAUUCCCUCUCUGUCCGUUGCAUCUUGUCUCUCUGUGUUGCAGUGUCUCUGAUAAUUGUACUUUUCUUUUUUCUAAAGUGGGUAUUUGGUUCUUUUUUUCCUCUUCUUCUUUUUUGGUCAUUCUUUUUGGAUAUGCUCUAAGAGAAACAGUAAAUAACUGUAUCAUACACUGAACUGAAGAGGAUGGUACUCAUUAUGUAUAUUUGAAAUUGGUGUCAUGGUGUAAUAAAAGAUGGAGAUCAGUUGUGUAUUUAAA